UGGGGACACCCAAGGCCCUGCCCAGGGAGAGAGACCCUUGCCGUUUCGUGUCCCUCUCAGCCAAUCAAUAACCAGCGCAGUGGCUGGACCAGCCCCUGAGCUCAUUACGAGUACAAGACGCCAUCAGUCACCAUCCGGGAACUCUGAGAAAAUAAAGGUUUAUUAUUUACUUAGAACCUGGAAAUGACACAACACAUGUGGGGCCACACAGCCCAGUGGCAGGUGGAGGGAGAGCAUGGUCAGGUCUGGGGUUCUGCUUUUAUUGGCGUUGAGGAUUGGGGCCUAACGUAAGAGUGGUCAUUUAAAGCAUCAAAGAGAGAAAGCAAGGGGCCCAAAUGGCCAGUUACCAGAAUCAGCCACGAUCUCUGAGACAGGAGCCUCGCGGGGAAGGGCGCCUGCGCUUCAUCUAGCUGCUGGGCGGAGAUGGCCAUCAUGGGGGCGGCUGCCUCCACAAUCAAAGCUUCAUGAAGUCAGGCGCUAGCAUUACAACAGAGAACACAGCGUCAGGGCUCACGCUGGAUUCACCCUGACCCUGACCCUGACCCUCUCACAUGCCUUCCCCUGCUUCCAAGGUCCCAGCUGGGCCGGCUGGGAGCCUAUAAGCCGGGUGCCUGCUGGGCUCAGGCGCUUCCCGCCGCCAUGGACCCCCGCCCGCUCCCCUGGGCGCUGGUGCUGCUGAGUUCGGCCCUGGUCGGGACGCUGGGCCGCGCGCCCACCCCGGAGGGGCCGGAGAAGCUGUGUGGCCACCAUUUCGUCCGCGCGCUGGUGCGAGUGUGUGGGGGCCCGCGCUGGUCCCCCGAGACCGGGCGGCCAGUGACUGGCGGAGACCGUGAGCUGCUGCAAUGGCUGGAAGGACGACAUCUCCUCCAUGGCCUGGUGGCCGAGGACCAAAUGCUGGUACUCGACCCUCAGCCCCUGCCCCAGGCCUCUCACCAUCACCACCACCACCACCACCACCAUCGCCGGGCAACUGCCACCAACCCUGCCCGCCACUGCUGCCUUAGCGGCUGCACCUGGCAAGACCUACUGACCCUCUGUCCCCACUGAGCCCUCCUAGGGCAGGGCCUCGGGGAGUCAGAGACCCAGAAGUUCUGGUUUGGUGACCUCCUGAAGCCAUACAGCACCACAAAGCCCCAUAUCUGGGGGAUUGUUGAUUACAUCCUAGGACAGGGUACUCACCACCUACCCUAGGUCACCCAACUUCUAUGGGGUCAACUUGGGGGGGGUACCCCACCACCCUGGCUUGGAGAAUCCUUGAUUUUACAGUGAUGUCAGACACUGAGGGCCAAAUGUUCUCACUCCAAGGAGCCCCAGGUACCACCCUCUCUGCACUUGUGAAACCCCAUCUUCCUGUCU